CUCGCAUUUGCAUUUGAUGCAGACUUCUUGCAGACUUUAGUCAGGGGGACCUCGCACCGCGGAGGACUCUGAACUCAACGAAAACUUUGCUGAUUGGAGGUGAGAACAGCGAAAAACUCAAACAAAGUAGCUCCACUUUGGUGUUGGAAGCGUGAUUUUGUUAAAGGCGUAAUUUCAGUGUGGCGCGUUGUGGGUGUAUUUAAAAUUACGCCUGUUUAAAAAAGUGCAGACGGGACUAGCUGUCGUGGCGGAAUAGCACUAAAUCCACAGCGCAACAGACUACCGGUGCACAGUUCACUGCUGAGUUUGAGCCAGACCGAGUGCGCUAAAACCGGAGGGUUUAACUCCGGGAUGCAUCUGUGUGGCGUUAAUAAACAACAACAAUUAAUUUGUUAGCUAACUAGCGCGUUCACCUCCACCUGUUGGACCGUUUGAAGAGCAGUUGUCCCCGUGUUUUUUUAUUUUUCUUCUUCUCCACAACCGCCGGGGACUACUCGACACUGGAAGGGACUUUUAAACUGAACUCAAGAUGUCAAUUUUGCCUUUCACUCCCCCCAUUGUCAAAAGACUUUUGGGCUGGAAGAAGGGAGAGCAGAACGGCCAGGAGGAGAAAUGGUGCGAAAAGGCGGUGAAAAGUCUGGUGAAGAAGCUGAAGAAGACGGGACAGCUGGACGAACUGGAGAAAGCCAUCACCACCCAGAAUAUCAACACAAAAUGCAUCACCAUACCGAGGUCUCUGGAUGGCCGCCUGCAAGUCUCCCACAGAAAAGGUCUGCCCCACGUCAUCUACUGCCGUCUGUGGCGCUGGCCCGACCUGCAGUCCCACCAUGAGCUGCGGGCGGUGGAGCUGUGCGAGUACGCCUUCCACACGAAGAAGGAUGAAGUUUGUGUCAACCCAUAUCACUACCAGAGAGUAGAGACGCCAGUACUCCCACCAGUGCUGGUGCCCAGACACACAGAAAUCCCCAGUGAGUUCCCGCCUCUGGAUGACUACAGCCAUUCAAUCCCAGAAAACACCAACUUCCCUGCUGGCAUUGAGCCCCAGAGCAACUACAUACCAGAAACGCCACCACCAGGCUACCUCAGUGAGGAUGGAGAGACCAGUGAUCACCAGAUGACCCACAGCAUGGACACAAGCUCCCCAAACCUGUCACCCAACCCUGUUUCACCCACACACAGCAACUUAGACCUUCAGCCAGUGACAUACUGCGAGCCGGCCUUCUGGUGCUCUAUUUCUUACUACGAGUUGAACCAGCGAGUAGGAGAGACCUUCCAUGCCUCACAACCCUCGCUGACAGUGGAUGGCUUCACGGACCCCUCCAACUCAGAGCGUUUCUGCCUGGGCCUCUUGUCCAACGUAAACCGCAACGCAGCUGUGGAGUUAACGCGCAGACAUAUUGGCCGUGGCGUGCGGCUGUAUUACAUUGGAGGAGAAGUGUUUGCUGAGUGUCUCAGCGACAGCGCCAUCUUUGUCCAGAGCCCAAACUGUAACCAACGCUACGGCUGGCACCCCGCCACAGUCUGCAAGAUCCCUCCAGGAUGUAACCUGAAGAUCUUCAACAACCAGGAGUUUGCUGCCUUGCUGGCCCAGUCGGUCAACCAGGGUUUUGAGGCAGUCUACCAACUCACCAGGAUGUGCACCAUCCGCAUGAGCUUUGUGAAAGGCUGGGGAGCCGAGUACAGGCGACAGACGGUGACCAGCACCCCCUGCUGGAUCGAGCUGCACCUGAACGGCCCCCUGCAGUGGCUCGACAAGGUGCUCACACAAAUGGGCUCCCCCAGUAUCCGCUGCUCCAGCGUCUCUUAGGGAAACCCUUCAUCCACCCACUUCCUGUCAGUGACUAAAAACACACAGACUGCAUGCAGGCAAGAACGGAUACACAAGCGCGCCCCAUUCAGCCAAUCCUCAAUCUGUAACUUCCUCCCCACCAGCUGUCAGUAGCACUUUUUAUACACAUGUGACAAAAGGGGACAAGUGCAUUAAAGCAAUACCAUGUUAGUAUGAUGGCCACAUUUUGUCCAGAAUUAUUAUGAUGGCAUUUUAUUAAAGUGCCAGAAAGGCAGUCGCGAUGGGAGGAGUUUUUUGUUUUGUUUUUUCAAUUAAGAGAUUCUUUCCUCUUUUGUUUAAAUUUCAUUUUCCAUGAUUUUUACAGUUUUCUUUUGUACAGAUGUUAAAGUGAACAGUGGAUUGAAAAAAAUAUAAGGUAAUUUUUUAAAGCAUUAAUAACAAUUUUGUAAAGCAUGUAUAAGAUCGUGUUAAACGCAUUUCACUUGACUUUGUUUCUGUGGUCAGGCAUUUGAUAGGUUAUGAAGACAUUUACAAAUGUGACAUAGUGAGAGGGAUUGAAAAAUAGUUAUAUAACAGAAAUGUUCAGCCACCAUCUGGAAACACUGUGUGAAGGAGUAUACUGUUAGCCUAGCACAAACAUUUGUAUUGGUUUUCAUACUGUCAUAUGCAGCCUAUGUGUUUAACUGCAUGUUUCAGACAGGAACAAAUGAAAACACAAUGAAUCAAUAAGGAGUUACAACUCUUUAAACCCACAUAUGAGUACUUAAAGACAGUGGCAUUCAUCAGAUGUCAUCAGGAGGAUGAUGCACUUUUGUAAAAUAAUAAUUAGUAAAAUAAUGUUGCCGAUUAAAGACAGUUGUAGUUCACAGCUGCAAUAGUUCUUGUCAGAGGGUUAUAUGAAAUAUAUCCUGCGUUAAUUUCAGGAAGCUUGGCCAUUUGCAAAAUACUUUUGCAGCAUUGUAUCGUGUCGUAGGUAGUAAUUAAAAGGCAUUUACACAGAACUUGAAAACAUCUCACAUACUGUACUGUUCUGCAAGCCUUUAGUUAAAUUAUAAUUUCACCACACAAAAUGUUGUUGGAAUUAAAGCCUGACUGAUAUUAGACCUUUUCUGUUGGGAUUGUGUACUGAUUUGCACCAGUAUGACUGCAAAGGCACUUAGAAGGCUGCUUUCCAUAACUAAUAACUGUAUGAAAGAAUAUUUAAUAUUAUACAUUGUUCUACAUUAUUCAUAAUAUAUUGGCAAGCAAACUCUAGAAAUUAAAUAAAUAAGGGUAAAUAAACAUUAGUACUGCAUGUUCAGUAUCAGUGAAUUGCUGACCAUUAAAAUAAAUAAAAAAAUAAAAUAAAUAGGUAAUAGCCUUUCUAAAUCACCCCAAGCAUCAUUUUCUGCAUUAUAUGUUGUAAAAAAAAAAAGUGUUCAUAUCAGUGCACAAUCACGCCGAUACUGACAUGCCUUUGAUAGGCAAAUAUCGGCCGGAAAUAAUUGUUGACUGAUUAAUCGGUCGGGCUCUAGUUGUAAUAUUGUGUGUGAUAGAAUUACUCUGCAGAAGGCUGUGUAAAGAGAGCAGGAAGAUGCCUUUGCUUUUUUAAUUUUCUCUCUCAGCAGUCCAUAACAUUGGUCUUACUUUUAGCCUUCAGUGAUAUUGACUUUUUGCACACUCAGGACUGUAAAAAACAGAACAAACAGCUGUAUUAUGUACAGAAGAAAACAGUGAAAAGGACAGAUGCAUGACUCUCGAGACUUUCUAUUUUGCUACCAAUUAUUUUUGUAGGACAGUAAGGUGAUAACGUGUUGACGACUUUGUCCGCCCCAAGUGUUUUUGCAUGAUAUGACAGAAAAUACUGCUCGCAGGUUGUAUUUCUUUUUACCUGUGAAGACGAGGCAGUUUCAGUACAAAGCACAGCUUUCUACAAAGGGAAAUGUUGAGACAGAUAGGGGCUUGUAAAUAACAGGAGCUCCAAAAUCUGAUGUCCCUAUUUUUUUUAAAUGUCUAUGUACAUGUGAGACAUACAUGUGUCAUAAUGUGACCGUUAACCUUUAUAAUGUUGAUGGUUUUGGAAACAGGAAAGAAAAAGAAAAUGUUGAAAAAAGCAAAGAAUUUGCUUUGGUCCCUGUUUCCUUUCAGCCACCCGCUGUGGUGGAAGUGGAUCGAUUUCCUUCUGGUUCUAUAACACUAGACAAAGACACAGUGGGUGAACACAGACAAUAUUUUGAACCCUUUUUACAGUACUUAUUUACAUUAAGCCAGCUUUUGAUGUCAAUGCCAGCCCGGUGGUGCUAAUCUGUAACAUUUUAGGGACUCAAGAGAAAAGCAAAGCCAUAAGAUUUUACACUCACACUUUAUAUGAACCCGAUGUCUAUAAUGCGUUAUAAACAUACUUGUAAUCUGUAUAAUUACAUAAUUUAUCUGCUAUGAUUGUUAUUAUAAGACAUUAUGAAUAUUUUAUAAGUGCUUAUCUAUAUAUAACUAUAAUAAUACAGUGCUAUAAGCAGAUUUUAUUGCAUUAUAAUGCAUUCCAAACAUGGGCUUCAUAGAAAGUGUCACUAAUUUUACUGUUAAAGUUUGUUCUCUAUUAAAUGAUGAUUUUUAAACCUUCAGACUAUAAUGUGGGACUGUUUUAGAGAAGGUAGCAUCUACCAGUCUGAGACAAUACAGCUCUUUGUAGAGCUUCUAGUGUCCUUGAACGCAGCAGUCCUGACCCUAAGGGGCUCUUUUAACCCCGUGGUCAAUGUAAUUACCCGGUCGGGAAUAUUUUGCAAGCAAAUUUGUCAUUUUUAUACGCUCUUCAAGUUAUAGUGCUUGUGCUUUUUUUUCGCCCCUUGUUUAAAUUGUUCAAUGUAAUAGUUAUUAGUUGUGAUUUAUGUAUUUGUGCAUUAGAUGUCUUGUAUAAAAUUAUACCCAUUUAUUUUUCUCUGCCUAUAAAAAGUUGAUGUGAUGCUUUAUAUUUUUGUUUAUUAUUAUUGUUGGUGAAUGAAUAAAAUAUAUAUCUUGUGGUUA